CCGACUGCUGCCAGCGAAACUUUGGGAGGCCGUUGGACUGCUGCACUUUGGAUAACGAAGGAAGUGACGAAUCCAUAAUACUAGAGGUGAAAAAACUCCCGAAGAAAAAGACAGAAACUAAGAUAGAAGCGAAAGUCAGUGUGCAGCGUCCAGACCUAGCACGAGCGUCAAUGGCACGAGGACGAAUGUGCACGAGCUUACAAAUCAAAGUUCCCUCAGUGAGAGGCGCGCGGCGAGUGAAAACAUCAGAGUGAUUCGCGCGUGACGCGGCUUUCCUAAUGUUGCAUUUAUCAAACGUAAAAAGUCUGCAGACCUUCUUUAAAAGUCUUUAUGAAUUCGUCUGUAUAUCCAGCUUCCAUAAAAUAUGGAUGAAGCGUUAAACGUGGAUUUUAGGGAAGGUAGCGGAGUCUCGUGGAAUGAGUCGAGCCGCAUCAACGGUACAUUAUAACUGCUGCACUGUUAUUCCAGUGACUUCGGAUAUUGAGUUUAAGGAUAAUCUGGAAUGUUCGCGAGGUGUAUUUCAUCGGGUUCAGUUCGGUUAACUGUAUUGGUUUGGGUGCUCGCGGCGUCGGUAAGUUUCGGGUCCGGUUCGGAGCUGAAGGUGAGGGUUCGUCUGGCCGAUGGACAGAUCACAGAUGAAGUUCUGGAGGCGGACAGUGAGAAGGACUCCAUCACUGUGGAGUUUAAACAAGGAGAUGGGACUCUUAUCACUUUUGUGGCCGAUUUCAAGCAGGAUCUAAAGAUAUUUCGGGCGCUGAUCCUUGGAGAGCUUGAGAGAGGGCAGAGCCAGUACCAGGCUCUCUGCUUCAUCACACGCCUCAACCACAAUGAGAUCAUCCCCAGCGAGUCCAUGGCCAGACUCCGACAGAAAAAUCCUCAAGCCAUCCGUAUAGCGGAAGAAAAGAGAAGCACAGAGAUGCUGAGCAUGAACGUAGCGGUCAACUUGACACGGACGUGGCAGCUGAGCGCCGACAUCCACAACAUCUGCAGCGUCGCCCGGGAUGCAGUGUACACGCGCGAGGCUGACGUCAAACACUGGCUGGACAAAGGUGUUGAAAGCUCCAUGUUCGAGUCUCAGGCAGUGGAGGUGACAGGCCUACAGAGCUGUGGGACAGUGAAGGACCUGUGGCAACCUUGUUCCUGUAGCUACAACUUCAGAUUGGAGUGGUACCCCUGCUUGCUAAAAUACUGUCGCAACAGGGAUGUUUCCGGCAGGGGUAGCCCUUAUAAAUGUGGCAUCAAAAGCUGCAGCAAGGGCUACCAGUUUACAUACUAUGUGCCCCACAAACAGCUGUGCCUAUGGGAGGAAGAAACUUAAAGCAAUAUCACUGGUUCUUAAGACAAGACAAAACACUUUCAAUGGGAGGUUUUCUUCACCUCUAAGCCUUAAGACUCAUGUGCCUUUUGUACAGAGAUGUGUGACAAUGACUUUACUUUUGGUAUUUCCAAACGGAUGGGGAUGGAUGGAGCCAUUUUUUUUAAAGUCGGAUUUAUCCUUAAAACAUUUGCGAUACCCCCAUGAUCUAUUUUUAUUUUUUCAGACCAGUCUUCCAGGUCUUUGAUUUUUGAGGAAGUCAAGUAUUUGAAGCUUUCGCUGUUCUUAAAGGUACUGAGAAAUGAUUACCUAUAGAAACGUUGAUUUGUCAAGUACAGCAAGUGAAUUUGGGAUAAACGACCUGUGAUUUACUAGUCAGUAUAUAAAAUGAUGUCAUCUUCAAUUUAGCUCAAGGCAGGUUGCCACUUUUCUUUCUUUUUAUAGAAACUGGUAUUAUUUAUUUGCAGUGGGAAAUUAUUGAAGACUCUUAAGCAUCGUGCACAUGUUCAGAGAAAUUUCUAUUUUUAUUUCAUAUGGUUUAAGUUCAGUGUUUUCAAUGUGUUACAUUUAAGACGCUGUGUUCAAUACAUGUUGGUACAGAGCCAAAACACUUUUUGGUGACUCAUUCUGUCUUCAUUUGAUUUAGUCGGAUUCACCAAAAGUCUUAAUGCUGACAACACUUUGGGAUUUUUUUUAUGGCUGAGCGUGUGUGUAUAUAUGCGUGUUCGUUUUCAUAUAGAUGGAGAUGUUAUAUGAUUUUGUUCCUGCAUUUUAUGGUAUUAUAACAGUAUCAUUUAAGGACCAUUUGAAUGGGCUUUGUGUGCAGUAUGUUGCUGUUGAAGCAAGUCACAUUUUGUGUCCAGGUGACCUUUACAGACGGAUCCAGUCAAAAUUGGUAAAGUAACUAAAGGAAUCAAAGUAACUAUGUCAGUCAUGUAUGUUUUGAUGGAAUUGAAAGACAAAUAGGAAUAGAAAGAUCUCUAAACUAUUUGCUAUUGUGCACCCAACACUGCCAUCUUCUGGUAAUGCAACAUUACUGUAAUUCUGGUCAUGGAUCCUCAAAUUAGAAUACAUGUGCUACUUUAGCAGGGACAUCCUGUUUAUUAAAUGUCUUAAGAUUUCUCAGCUUUACACAUGACUCAUUUAACAGGACCAAAACACAGACUGAGUCCUAUCAUUUCGCUUUUAACAUGACACAUUUGACUGGGUUGUAGUUUAUGGUACUAAAACGUUUAUACUGACCUAUUUAAUUUAGUUUUUGAUGAGUUUAAGUGUUAUUGUUAAAAGUGUUGUUUGAGAUUACACCUGUCCUAAACUCUCUAAACUAGAACCACCCCAACCAACAGCCAUUGUCUGGAUUAUAAGUGCCUUGGUGAUUCAGUGUUUACUAUUUCCUUUAACAGAUAAAGCUAUUAUAAAUAACGCUCAAAACUAUUUUCAUAUGAAAAAUAAUAUGAGCAAAUAUGAAGAAAUUUUAAAUAAAAGCUCUUUCAGCAAAAUA